GUCUCAACAUAGUCCUUUCAGGAUAAUGAAGGGAUCAUCUCAACAUAGUCCUUUCAGGAUAAUGAAGGGAUUGUCUCAACAUGGUCCUUUCAGGAUAAUGAAGGGAUUGUCUCAAGAUAGUCCUUUCAGGAUAAUGAAGGGAUCAUCUCAACAGGGUCCUCUCAGGAUAAUCAAGAGAUCAUCUCAAAAUGGUCUUUUCAGGAUAAUCAAGGGAUUGUCUCAACAGGGUCCUCUCGGGAUAAUGAAAAGAUCCUCUCAAUAUGGUCUUUUCAGGAUAAUCGUGUCAACAUGGUCCUAUCUAAUAUUUCUUCUGAGAGACAUGACCCAAUAUGAGAGUACUAUACCAUGGUGCAGAGCUUUAAGUUCCAAACUUGAACCCUGAAUAGUUUAAGACAAUUUUACAGUAAGUGGCCCUGCCCCCACUGCUAGUGGAUGUCACAGUCCAGGUUGUAAAUCAUUUCAAAGUCACCAAGCUGACAUUUUCUCAACCAAUCAGCGAGCAGAAAGAAACCCAUUUCGGUGAUGUUUUAAUGUUAGUCAAUACUGGCUCAAGAAUAAUGUUAGAUGAAAUGACUAUAUAUAGAAAAUUGUCUGACCGAUGACAAUCUCUGGUUGGCUC